UUCCCUUCUUUCCUCGGCUCCGGUUUCUCAUUCAUAACGCUGCUGUCUGCUGAACAGUCAGUUGUCUGUCUCAGUCAAUCGGAUCGCUUACGUUAUUAUACAGUAGAAACAGUUGCAUUCUGCUCCACAGUUGGUAAAUUGCAAUUGCAAUUGUAACUUGUAACAGGUUGUAAGCAUGCACUUCCAAUAUCCCGAAGCCACACGUGACGAGUCUGUAGAAGAUGACUACCAUGGUAAUAAAAUACCAGACCCAUAUAGUUGGCUUGAGGAUCCAGACUGUGAGAAAACGGAGGCUUUUGUGGAAGCGCAAAACAAGCUCACUGUUCCUUUUCUGGAAGGCUCCCAGGUCAGGGAUCUGUUUAAAGAAAGGAUGACAGAACUAUAUGACUAUCCGAAGUACAGCUGUCCAUUUAAAAGGGGUAACAGAUACUUCCAUUUCUACAACACAGGACUGCAGAACCAGAGUGUAAUGUACGUGCAAAAUUCCUUGGAUGCAGAGGCCACAGUUUUUCUGGACCCAAAUACGUUUUCAGAAGAUGGCACUGUGGCGUUAAGCAGUUAUGCGUUUACAGAAGACGGGGAAUAUUUUGCAUUUGGUGUGAGUGCUAGUGGUUCUGACUGGGUCGAAAUCAAGUUUCUUCAGGUGGAGGGUGCUGUGGAGCUGAAGGACACCUUGGAGCGAGUUAAAUUCAGCUGCAUGUCCUGGACGCACGAUGGGAAGGGACUGUUUUACAACUGCUACCCAACGCAAGAUGGCAAGAGUGACGGCACCGAAACCUCCACCAACCUGGACCAGAAGCUGUAUUAUCAUGUGCUCGGUACUCCCCAGUCGGAAGAUAUUCUCUGUGCUGAGUUUCUAGACAAUCCAAAGUGGAUGGGUGGAGCGGAGGUUUCAGAUGAUGGAAGAUAUAUCUUCCUGUCUAUCCGCGAGGGAUGUGAUCCAGUGAACAGGCUGUGGUACUGUGAUCUGCAGAAGGUGCCAGAGGGGAUAAAGGGAAUUCUGCCCUGGGUGAAGCUCAUAGACAACUUUGAUGCCGAGUAUGAGUACAUCACCAACGAGGGAACAGUCUGCACCUUUAAGACCAACUUAAAUGCUCCUCGUUAUCGCCUGAUUAACAUCAACUUUGAAGAUCCAGAUCCUUCGAAAUGGAAAGAACUUGUGCCAGAGCACGAGAAGGAUGUUAUCGAGUUUUGCUCCUGCGUGCACUCCAAGUGCCUGUUUAUAUGCUUCCUUCAUGACGUGAAGAACGUGUUGAAGAUGUAUCAUUUGGAAACGGGAGCUCACCUGAAGACCUUCCCUCUGGAUGUGGGCAGUGUAGUGGGGUUUACCGGCCGCAAAAAGGAUUCCGAGAUUUUCUACUACUUCACAUCUUUCCUUUCGCCAGCCAUCAUAUAUCAUUGUGAUCUGACCAAAGAGCCUUUAGAGCCACAGGUUUUCCGGGAGGUCACUGUGAAAGGAUUUGGCCCUUCAGACUACCAGACAACUCAGGUUUUUUACCCCAGUAAAGAUGGCACUCGGAUACCCAUGUUUAUUGUCCAUAAAAAGGGGCUUAAACUGGAUGGCUCCCACCCUGCUUUCCUGUAUGGUUAUGGAGGAUUCAAUAUAUCCAUUACUCCAAGUUACAGUGUUUCCAGACUCAUAUUUGUGAGGCAUCUCGGGGGUGUGUUAGCAGUUGCUAAUAUCAGAGGAGGCGGUGAAUAUGGAGAAACGUGGCAUAAAGCUGGCAUGCUGGCCCACAAGCAAAACUGCUUCACUGAUUUCCAGAGUGCUGCUGAAUAUCUUAUUAAAGAGGGCUACACAUCCCCAAGCAAAAUUACCAUUAAUGGAGGUUCCAAUGGAGGACUUUUAGUGGCUGCAUGUGUGAACCAGAGACCUGACUUGUUCGGUUGUGCUGUUGCUCAGGUUGGGGUCAUGGAUAUGCUGAAGUUUCAUAAAUUUACUAUUGGCCAUGCCUGGACCACUGACUUUGGUUGCUCAGAUAUCAAAGAACAGUACGAGUGGUUAAUAAAGUAUUCUCCUCUUCAUAAUAUCAAGGUGCCGGAGGUGGAUGGAGUCCAGUACCCUGCCAUGCUGUUGCUCACUGGAGAUCACGAUGACAGAGUGGUGCCACUGCACUCUUUGAAGUACAUUGCGACCUUGCAGCAGACAGUCGGACGGAGUCCUAAACAGACCAACCCCUUGUUCAUCCACGUUGAUACCAAGUCAGGGCACGGUGCUGGGAAGCCAACCAGCAAAGUCAUACAGGAGGUGGCCGACAUGUUUGCCUUCAUUUCAAGAUGCCUUGAUCUUCAAUGGAUUAAAUAGGAAAACUGCAGUUUGUGUCUCUCGUAAACAGAAAUAGAAUUAAGGUUAUUUACUUACAUUUGAUAGUUUUAGAUACAGAUGCUUUUUAGAUUAAUUAAUCCAGAUGUUAAAAAUGGGAUUGUAGUCUCAUGUGCUAUAGCCCACGUUGACAUACUAAAACAAAUCAAACUUUUUUUGUUGUUGGGUUUCUAUGCGAAAAAUGCUGAAAGUUAGUUGCAUUAAAUGUGGUUCUAGAGCACUGCACUAUUUUGUAGAAAGAACCAGUUCUUAAUCUUAACACCAACACAGAAACGAAAGUAAGAAAAACAGUCAAUUGCCAAACGAUUCAUUCUAAAAGCACUACAGUUGUCUAAUUAGAGUCUGCUGUUGUAUUUAAUACAGACCCAACCUUCAAACUGAUUGUACAAUAACUUACAUGAUUAUUCAUCAGAAUGUUCGUAGCACAACAAAACCUAACAACAAAACUAAAUUAUUGGAUCCUUCUAUUUUAGAAAAUGGAACCUAAGUAAUCAGCUGAAAAGUAUGUUUAAUAUAUGCAUUUUCAAUUUAAUGUAUUAAAUGUAAGUAUUGUUCUGCAGUAAUAAUAUCAAUGCCAUGAAAUACAAUUGUAUGUAUUCUGGAUUUCUUUACAGACAGGUCAUGUUUAUUCACACAUGCUUACAGUAGUGGUGAUGCACUUCAACAAUACAAGACCAGAGGUUCAAAUUCUUUGUAAAGCAGGUUGAUACAGAAAAAAAAAACAUUUAUUUAUCUUUAAAAUAUUGAGAGCAUGUUACUUAUUGAAAAACUGUAUUUAAGCAUUUAACAAUGUAAAUCUGUUGAUUGUUCUCUGUGAUCCUCAGCUAUUUUAUAUCUCAAUUGCUUUUUUAGGUCAAAUUGAAUUUCUACCUCUGGACAAACAGUAACUCUGUUCACAUUUACCUCUUUUAUUGUAUUUCACAUCAACAAUAAACAUUGCAUACUGAACAAUGAA